UCUGUCCAAUAUGGCGUCAGUGUGAGCGCUGACGGGUGCUGGUGUGAAGCGGAGUCGGUCGGCCUGUCAGUGAGUGAGGCACCAAGUCCUAGCCCCGUCCCAGCAGCCGGCUGCAACCCUUCCCGCCCCCGCUCCGCCUGCACGUUUUCUCGAGGGGUUGACGGCGUCGGUUUCUCUCUCUCUCUCUUCACCCCCUGCCCUCGUCCUGCUGGGGGGACCGAGGAGAACUGUGGGUUGCAAUGGCGGCGGCGGAGGCUUGAGGAGGCAGCGCGCUGUCCGUGUGUUGGCGCCUGUCCUCGGGAGCCAUGGCAGCGGCUGCGGCGGCGGCGGCGGCAGCCGACUCGGCCCAGUGGCUCUCGGUGAAGGAGGAGACCCUCUUUCUGCAUGACGGGUUGAUCAGAGUGACCGAUCUAGUAGAGCUGCCAACUGAGAUCGGGGUUUCAGCCGAGCCCGGGGAGAAUGAACAGGAGAUACUGACAUUUGAAACCAAAAAUCCUGAAGAACUGGCUGAACGAUUACGAGCUGUAUGCGGGAACCAGAGUAAUGCCUAUGCUCGGCUGCUUGAAUACCGUCUCAAUGCACUUAGAGGACUAUGGAAUGCACAACGCCAGUUAGCGCUUGAAGAGCAGCAUGAACGUGAAAACUCCAGUGAUGAAGAGGCCAUAUCCUUGCUCAAGCGGCAGGGCUUACUGCAACAACCAGAACAGGCGCCGUUUACCUCUCGCAUGGGCCUCUUAUUGGUGUUCCCUUUGAUCCAGUCACAGAGUAAAACUGACCCCUCCCUCUGUAACAUUACUGCUGAGGUACUCCUCAACUGCCUUAGAGAUUGCCAGCCUUUGAGUCUCACAAAAGAACCUGCCGACUGUCUGAAUGGUUUGGAAUCCCUGCUUUGCUCUUGGUUGGAAGAAUCACCUACUUCUAGUCAUUCCAUCACAUGGAAACAGAAAGAGAACGCUGCAGCCGCACUGGUGGCUCUUGCCUGUGCAAGAGGUUCUCUGAAAACCUUCAUUCACACAGUUCACUUGUUACAAAAACAAGUAGAUUUGGGAUUUUUACCAGUUACGGACGUUCUGCAUCGGCUGCUGCUAUUAGAGGGAGGGCCUGGCUCUGCUUCUUGUUUGCUUGGCAAUAAACACAUGGUGUCUUGGGGCUUUGAGGACAUGCUGUCAGCACCAGAGAGCAACAGUAGUUCCAGUGACAGCAAAGAUGCAGAUUUGGGUCGCUGUCUUGCAACUGAUGGAAUGUACCUGUACACAACUAACUCCGUUGGCAAAGGGAUCAGCAAGCUGGGUUCAGGGCUCCAUGGGACACUACGCGGUUUUGUCUAUUGUCGCAAUGAUGAACUUGAGGCUGGCUGGAUUGCCUUUGGCAGUACGAUUCUCCUUCACCGGCCUGCCUCCUUUGACAGCAAACCUCAUUACAUCUUUCAAGUUAUCAAUCAGUACACCCUGCAGGUAUCCCAGGUAGUCUCCAUGCCAGCGAAUCACUUCCCAGUUGGCAGCAACAUGACUACAGUCCAUCUCUGCUCAGAUGGAACGUACAUCUAUUGGAUCUGGUCUCCUGCUGGUUUAAAUGAAAAAACUCCCAAGGGUCAUUCUGUUUUCAUGGAUGUUUUUGAACUAACGGUGCACAAUGAGAUCUGCACAGCACACCCUUUGCACGAGCGAUGUAUUUUGACAAGAAAAGAAGGAGAAUCUGCGAAAAGUAUAAAUGAAAUGCUGCUGAGUCGACUUUCCCGAUACCGAGCUUCCCCUUCAGCCACUUUGGCUGCUCUUACUGGCUCCACAAUUACCAACACAUUGAAAGAAGACCAUUCUGCAGCGAAUACAAGCUGUGGCUUACCUUUGAAAACCUUAAGGAAGACCCCUAUGUAUACUUGUGGGACGUACCUGGUGAUGCUUAGUGCACCACCAGGUGGAUCUGGAAGUUCUGCAACACGCUCUUUAUUUGGUGGUACAAGUGGAUUGUCCUCUUUAAAAGUUCUUUGCUCUAGUGUGGUGUUCAAUAUCUCAGAUGGCCAAUUUAGUAGCCGGGCGGAUCUGAUCGACGCUGCUGGUAGUUCUCUUGGACGUGGAGCACUAGUUCCAGGACUGGGGGCUUGCUAUGAUGCUAUGAACAAUAUGAUUUGGACGUGUUCGAGUGACUACAUGGAUCAGUGGUGUAAUCCUGGUAACCAGGCAUUCCAUCAUGUGUGUCAAAGAUUGGGUGUUAAUCACAUCAUCCCUGAGCCCCAAGAUGGAUCCAUUUCAACCAGUGAUGUUAUUAACCAACUUCUGCAUCAUGUGGGAGCAAUGUGCAUUCAUCAGCUUAAUUUAUUGACUGCCAGUGCUAAUUUACCAAUAUCAAACUUCCUGGGUAAACAACAUCCAAUUGAAGCCCAACAUCUCAGCAGUAUCUGUGACAUCAUGGAGAAGGCCAUGGCCAACAGGGACACUUGCAUUAUCCGAUGUAUUCUUGUUGUUUUUCAGGUAAUAUUCAAAUUUUUCUUCAACCCGCAAACAGAGAGAAACCGUGAGAUUGUACAUCGAUCUGAGUUACUGCUCUGGCAACUUUUAAAGACGCCGGUUGAUGAAAUUGGCGAAGAGAUUCAGAGGGAAGUUUGCCUUGCUAUUAGCUCUGGACUUCACACAUUGUAUCUUGGAGAGCUGGAACUGAAUAAUCUUCUGAAACUUGUACUAGCUGAGGGAGAGAGAAACAGUGGCCUUUGUCAAUUGCGAGACAUUAUCCUGAUUAAUCUAGCUGAGCAGCUCCAGAACAACCGAUUUGGAAGCGAGGAUGAUGAUCAUUACAGGCUGAAUGAUGAAUUACUUCACUAUAUUCUGAGGAUUGUGGUGCAAGACUCCUGUGUCCUUAUCACAAAGUGUCAAACAGUUUCCAAAGAAGAAUUCAUCAGGCUGCUUGCAACAGUGCCAGUUGCAUCACCUUGUCUACGUUAUUUGAUGGCAGUGCAGAAUCAUCUUCUCAGUAACACAAUCCUAAUCAAACCUGAUGACCAUGAUGAUAGUGACAGCUCCCUGCAAGGGGAGACAUUGAAGGUACAGGAGCUCCAGGCCAGUAUUUUAGCACUAGCCACCAAAAUCCUAGCAGGAUGUGAUGAGGUGCUUGAAAAACUCCAGCGUGUUACCACCUCAGUUAUUAACAGUGAUAUAGCUGACAAGGAACACAGGCUGAAGGGCUUGGAACAAAUCACCAAGGCUACUUUGUUGGGCCAUUUGCUGCCAAUAUUGCUUACCUCACUAAUGCACCCAAAUCUCCAGACACUGACAAUGGCAGAUGCACUUAUGCCACAGCUUGUUCAGCUUGUUCUCUACACCAGCCAGACUGCCUUGCUAUUGAAGACACAAACUCCCGUUUUCACAGAUGUUGGUGAUGAUCUGUAUGCAGGAGCUGAACAGAGCCAGAAGGGGAAAGUUCCCUUGUUAGAUGACAGGAGUUACCGUAUGCUGGAGGAAAAGGAAGAGCCUGGCUUUCUGACCGGGUUGAAGAUCCCCGCACCGUGGGCGGCUGGAAAGACAGUAGAAACAGUCCAUCCUGUGAGAGACAACUACAAGUUCAAAGAGACUGUGCAUAUUCCUGGUGCACGCUGCCUUUAUCUGAGGUUUGAUACUCGUUGCUCCUCCCAAUAUGAUUAUGACAAGCUGGUGAUUUAUGCAGGACCAAACACAAACAGCAGGAAAGUAGCAGAAUAUGGUGGUAAUACAUUGGGAUAUGGAAGCCGCAGUGUCUUGGGAACUGGUUGGCCUAAGGACUUGGUCAAGGUUGAGGGAGACACAGUUACUUUUUCUUUUGAGAUGAGGAGCGGGCGAGAGCACAACACACCUGAUAAAGCCAUGUGGGGAUUUGCUUGUACCGUUCGAGCCCAGGAAUCCUCAGAAGAUGUUUCAGGAGGGCUUCCUUUCCUUGCUGAUCUUGCAUUAGGACUUUCUGUACUGGCGUGCUCCAUGCUACGAAUCCUUUAUAAUGGACCAGAAACAACUAAAGAGGAGGAAGCAUGUCAACAACUGCUUAGAUCAAAGUUGCUACAGAGAUGCCAAUGGCAGGUAGAAGCAAAUGGUGCCUUAUCUCCUGCAUUGACACCAAGUCCCUCACCUCUGCCACUAACUAUCGAAGAAGACCGGGAGUUCACAUAUCCUUGCGAUGCACUUGCACCACCUCCUCCAGUCACUGGGCAUUACUUUGAUUUGCCGAGAAUACGCCUGCCUCCUGGAAUAAUGGGAAAGCUCAGGGAAAUCUCUGGCCGUGCAAGACCUCAGUUCAGGCCAAGUAUUAAGGAAGUGAUUCAACCUGAUGUGAUGGAAGAAAUGGUCGUGUCAUGUGUGAUCAAGCAUUUGAAUCUGAUUGAUGCACUGCAGUCUCUGAUUAAUUUCCAAUAUCGUGAAGAGCACUUGGAAGAAUAUGACCUUUUGUGUAAAAUAAUGGGGGAAACGUUCAAAAAGCUAAAUGCUAUGGAGAGGCAACUUCAGAGCGUAGCAGAGCUUGAGCAGAAGUGGCAGAGUGAGAUAGAAGAUAGUCAGCAAGGAAAACUGGAAAACAGUAUACCAUUCUUCCAUGACUAUCACUUCAAUGAGAGUAAAAUGAAGGAAUUAGAACUGCUAUGCUCCCUAAAGGAAAUGCCAUUUGACUCUAAUGAUUUGGAGAAUGUUGUCCUUUUGUUAAGAGAGAAAUUUGGCCAGGAGGUGAAUUCUUUGGCACCGAAGUCUUCGCAUUCCUUAUCAAAAACAAAAUCUUUAGUUAAGAGCUUGAUGAAUCGAGCUGAGCUAUUGCUGCAUGUUACAAUAGCAGCACAGUCUGGUCUGACGAGGAGUAUUUCGGGAACACCAGCCGAUACGCCAGCAUGCAAAUCAUCUUCUGAAACCAAGAUGAUUUCUCACACUGUUCGCCAGCCUGUCUUCCUACGCAGUAUGUCAGCACCCUCUGACCUAGAAAUGAUUGCAAAUGAAGAUUUAGAAUUCACUCGAGCCAAUCAGAGGAGACGCCAUGGGAAUAGUCAUCGGAGCAGUUCCUUCACUUUGCUUCAGUCCUUAACUAUUGAGGAUAGCCGUGACAAGCCAACAUAUAGUGUGCUGCUUGGACAGCUCUUCGCUUUCAUUGGGACUAAUCCUGACCAAGCGGUGUCAAGCAGCAGUUUUCUUUCAGCUGCUCAGACCCGAUGGCGGCGUGGUAACACAAGGAAACAAGCUCUUGUACAUAUGCGUGAACUACUGACAGCAGCAGUCCGUGUUGGUGGUGUCACACAUCUGGUGGGACCUGUAACCACUGUCCUUCAGGGAGGACCACGGAUUGAAGAACUGACAUGUGGUGGGAUGGUGGAGCAGGUUCAGGAGGCCUUUGGCGAGACCAUGACAUCAGUUGUUUCUCUUUGUGCUCGAUAUCCAAUAGCUUGUGCCAACAGUAUUGGCCUACUUUGUACUAUACCAUAUACCAGGAGUGAAGAAAAAUGCCUGGUGCGAAGUGGAUUGGUGCAGCUCAUGGACAGACUCUGCAGCCUGACAAGCCAACGAGAAAGUAGCUCAAGUGAAAAACAAACAAGGAAACAGAAGGUUGCUACCAUGGCCUGGGCUGCCUUCCAGGUACUUGCUAAUCGCUGUGUGGAGUGGGAGAAAGAAGAAGGUGUAUCAACAAAUGCAGUCCAUUCUGGGUUAGCCCGUCAAGUGUCAAGCCUGCUCACCAAUCAUCUUGCCCGUGCCACUGAAAGCUGUGGGAAUCAAGCAGCAGGGAAUGAUGCACUGCAAGAUGUACUCAGCCUUUUAAAUGAUCUUUCUAGAAGUCAGAUUGGUAAAGCAAUCCUCAGCCAACCUGCAUGUGUGUCCAAGCUACUUUCAUUGUUGUUGGACCAGCGACCAUCUCCCAAGCUCGUGCUCAUCAUUCUUCAGCUGUGCCGUGCUGCCUUGCCUCUCAUGAGUGUGGAAGAUUGUGGGAAUGUGGAGCUGCCUCCAUGGAGCUACUCCGUACCUUCCCUGGAAAAUGAACAAGAUGAUCCUGGUGAUCCAGCUUCAAAUAUUGCAUCACUUCUUUUAGCUAAACUUGCUGACUAUGUUGUACCAGGGUGUCAAACUGUGCUGUCUCCAAGCACAUCAGAAGCCGGUGGUUCUUUUGCAAAAUCAAGCCCAAAAAACUCAAUGAAAGCAGACAAAGAUAGUGGAGAGGAAAGUGAGGCAAUUGAUGGCAAGCUCUCAAUCUUAAUUCAUAAACGUGAAGAUCAAUCAUCCCAUGAAGUUCUACAGCCAUUACUAAGUAGUUCAGAAGGACGUCCUUUCCGACUGGGCACUGGAGCCAACAUGGAGAAAGUAGUAAAGAUGGAUCGAGAUAUGACUAAAAGUGGAUACUGUGAAGUUAUCACAGAAGAGGCAGCUGCAGCCUUGCGCAAGGCGACCAAAUGGGCACAGUCAGGGCUAAUUGUCAGUGUGGGACCACCAGUGGAUGUUGCUGCUCAGGAGGCUAUUAGUGGACUGACAACUGGCGAUAAGAAAAAGACUGCUCAGACGUCCAUUUGCAGAGAGAAAAAUGCAGAACUUGCCAGGACAGACCCAGUCCGACCCUUUAUCAGUGGUCACGUAGCAAACAGCAUGGCAGCAGAGGUGAUUGCUCUGUUGCACAACUUGCUGAUGGCUCCCGAGUUCAGCACGGCUCAGAUAUGGACCACUACAGCAGAAAAGGUACUUUCUCGAGCAUUGAUGUAUAUCCCUCAGCUUGGUAAAUAUGCGGAGAGCGUCUUGGAGAAUGGAAGUAGCAGUGGGAGAAAGUUGGCAAAACUACAAGCUAUUGGACGGCAAGCAGUAGCUGCACUCUGUGCACUUGGUGGCUUCAAAGAAACCAUUAAAAUAGGAUCUGAAGUGCAGAUUUCAGGGAAGGGGAUAUCAGGAAGCAUUGGAGUGGUGACCUCCAUUAAUGAGCAAGAAGGAAUUGCCACAGUCCGGCUCCCUUUAUCUAGUUGUCGAAAGGCUUCAAAAGCAUCAGACACAGUAACUGUUCCAUUAUCAAGACUGUGUACUCCACGGUGUGAGGCUUUGCCGUUGCAUAAACUGUCCAUCACUGAGAAAGUAGUGCAAGCAGUUCAAUCCAUGUUACUUCCACAGGAAGGCAGUCUCUCAAUUCUGACCUCACUCCCCGCAGUAGGUGAUGGCUCCACCCCCGUGAUGGCAGUAGUACGACUUGUGGCAGAAAUAAGAACUAGAGCAUGCUUAGUGAUGGCCCAGUUACUGGAGGAUAGUUUAUUCUGCGAGGAAUUUAUUCAGCAGUGUCCCGCUGCAGUUGAAGUCCUGAACCUGGUAGCACAGGAAUGCAGUCCGGGUGAGCGACUGGUGGUGGUGGAGGCUCAGUGUGAGAGAUUGCGCAUGUUAUAUAGGGAUUGUGCUCGCCCUCCUCCUCCUCCUCUACAGUCUGACAGGAGACAGCCAAAAGAAAUUACCUGGUCCCCCUCUCGUGUUUUUCCUCCAGUGCGUGCAUGCAUGUUUUCAUCUCAUCUUACUGCUGUAACAUUCCUAGCCGAUCCAAGUGCAGGAGGGGGUUUGCCUCGUGGGACGUUCAUCUAUUCUACGUCACAGAUACCUGUACAGGCACCAUCAUUUUAUUGGGAAUUGGAAAUUGUUUCGUAUGGAGACACAGAUGACGACAGUGGCCCCAUUGUGUCUUUUGGAUUUGCAACAGAAGCUGAGAAAAGGGAUGGAGCUUGGACAAAUCCAGUUGGAACCUGCCUCUUCCACAACAAUGGGAGAGCUGUGCAUUACAAUGGAUCCAGUCUGCUGCAGUGGAAGAGUGUCCGAUUAGAUGUCACCCUGUCACCUGGUGAUGUUGCGGGUAUUGGAUGGGAGAGAAGUGACGGAACUCCCCCACCACCUGGUCAGCCAGCAAAAGGCAGAGUAUAUUUCACCUACUGUGGUCAGCGACUCAGCCCAUUUCUCGAGGAUGUGUCUGGUGGAAUGUGGCCAGUGGUUCACAUUCAGAAAAAGAAUACUAAAGUUCGUGCAAACUUUGGAUGUCGUCCUUUUGCUUAUGCAGAGGGCCAAGCUCACCGGAAUGCAGCUGACCUUUGUGUUGAUCUAGCAGAAGAAAUUAGUGCCAACUUUGAAGCUUUGCCAUUUGCCAUGGCUUCAGACAGUGAUAACGACGCUGGUGCUAGUGUGGCGUCAGAUUCUGGGUCCCAUGGACCACCCUGUCGAAUUGCAGCAACUGGUGCAGCACAACAGCAGUAUGACAGUGACGCCUCGUGCCAUUACAAAGUGGAAUUGAGCUAUGAAAAUUUUUUGAUAUCUGGUCCAUACUCUCAUUCGCCAGCAGUGGCUGAUGAUGAAAGUGAUGAUGAUGAAGAUGAUGACGUUCCAAGGGAGGAUCAUUAUGCACUUCUUGUCAAAGCCUGGGAAACCAAAGUCUUCCCUACAAUCCGCAGACGAUUCCGGAACGAAGCAGAGCGAAAGUCUGGAUUGGAUCAGAUAAAGGGUGCGCUGCAGCUUGGUAUGGUGGACAUUGCUCGCCAGACUGUGGAGUUCCUUUAUGAAGAAAAUGGUGGCAUUCCCAGAGAUCUCUACCUUCCAACCAUUGAGGAUAUUAAAGAUGAAGCCAAUAAGUUCACAAUGAAUAAAGUUCGCAAAGGCCUAACAGUGGUGAUCCGGUAUCCAGAUAGUAAUAAUCUCAACAGUAGCACUGGUGGCACUGCUUUACCAAAGUUUGCUAUCCGAGGAAUGAUGAAAACUUUUGGUUUGAAUGGAGUUGUUCUUGAUGUUGAUACGGCUAAUGAACUGGUUCAGGUGGAGACAUAUUUACGAAGUGAAGGUGUGCUAGUUCGUUACUGGUAUCCAAUUGACAUGCUGGAACGUCCUCCUACAGGAUACAGACGCACAGCUGCUUAUGGACUGGUUACUCUGGAUAACACAAAUAUCCAAAUUCACAGAGAGUUGCUACGCUGUGAAGCUUCUUUGGCUAGACUGUACUGUCGUAUGGCUUUGCUCAACAUAUUUGCUCCCAAGGCCCCACAUACUUUCACUCGGUUAUUCCACAUCCCUGCUGUUCGUGACAUAACCCUGGAGCAUCUUCAGCUUUUGUCCAAUCAACUUCUGGCCCCACCACUAUCAGAUGGAACAAUCAGCUCUAAUUCAAUUCUCCUGACUCAAUCCCUCCAGCAUUGUAACCAAGGUCAGAACUGCUCUCCCACUGAUCUCUUCUACCAGGGCAAUUCCAGUACUAUAAGAGAAUGGCUUACUGUUGCUAUAACUAGAGCCUUACAUCAAGGUGAAGAGAGUUUGCUGGAUUUAACAAAACAGAUCUGCUCUUUCCUACAGCACUCACCAGAACAGUUUCCUUCUGAAGAAUUCCCAGUGACUGAGUCAAAAGUGAGCAUGGAUGUACAUUUUCCAGGAGCUGCCUUUGUAAUGGUCUCUUGCAAGGAAAGUCCGGCAGGGUUUCGGAAAGAUUCCUCUUUGUAUAAGGCUCCUUGGGUGAGAGUACUGGUCUAUGGAUUGGGUCACAAAGUACGGAAAAAUGGACAACUUAGCCUGACAGAAACUGUGUGUUACCCAAAAGAUGCAUCACCCACGAACACUGGUCUCACUCCACCCCCUACUACAAAUCAGUAUCCUUCUGUUGUCAUCCCUACUGACAAGCUGCACGUUAAACUAGGCAAAUUACAUAAGUUGGAUUUGAAUUUCCUCUUCCCAGGUGUGUCUCCACCACCUGGUGCAGUGCUGGUGUUGAACUCAUUGCCUCUGGAAUUUCCUCUGGCAAUGGCAUUUGCUGAACAAUUGCUGACAUGGAAACUGGUUGAAAGAGAUGGUAAAUCUGAAGAUGAACUUGAUGCUAUUCCUGGAUCUGUUCUCCUGCAAGUUGUUGAGCUGUUUGCCAACCUAUUGUGGACAACCGAUCUGGCUCCCAGCAUAAAGGAGAUGAUAUUCCACCUUCUUGCUGAACUGCUACGUAAAAUUCACCAGAUGGAACAAAAAAAGAAUCCAUCUGGUCUAUCAUCAUCUAUAGCCAUCCAACUGAAUCCAUGCCUGGCUGUUCUGAUGGCAAUUCAAACUGAGCUCCGUAAACUGUAUGAUGAAGAAACACAAAAUUGGGUGACUGGGAACAGUUCUGGAAUUGGAGUUGGUGUGACUGACCAGGGUCGCUUUUCCACCUAUUUCCAUGCUUUGAUGGAGAUAUGUCUUGCAGUUGCAGAGGUAACACUGCCCAUUAAUGUGAGCUCUGCAGUGAAUGUGAUGACCUCCACGAGUGCACCAAGUCUCAGCGAUUCCUCUUCCUCCUCCUCAUCUUCACCUGGACAGACACCACAGAGCCCAAGCUUACUCUCCAAGCGGAAAAAAGUCAAAAUGAAACGAGAGAAGACAUCAGCAACAGGGAAACGGCUCACCUCGCGAGGUAGUGAAAGUGAUGCUUCAAUCCUGAAUAUUAGUGGAAGUAAACCUGAAGAUAUGCUUUGGUUCCAUAGAGCUUUGACUUUACUCAUGAUCCUCCGUCAUCUAACUAAGAAGGACCCCCAGGGUCUCGGAAUGACAAAUGAUGCAAUUGCAGAUGCCUGUCAAGCUUUGGUAGGCUCUACCUCCCACAGCAGGUUGCUGGUAAUCUCAGGCAUUCCAACACAUCUCGAGGAAUGUAUUGUCCGAAGUGCCAUUCGCAGGGCAUGCAGUGCACAUGGUGGCAUAUUCAAAGAUGAGAUUUACAUACCACUACAAGAUGAUGACCCCAAGAGGUUGAAGACGAAAGCUGAUGGCAAGCUGGAAAUGGAUAAGUCAACGACGGUGGACAGUAUGGAUGUAAGCAGUGGCAGCAGUGUGACGCCAGCCAUGAGCAUGAGUGCCUCUGCCUCUACCAGUCAGACCUCAAUCUGCAGCUCACAAUGUGUUUCUCGGACAGCAAGCGAUCUUUCAGUGGACCAAUAUCAAGCAAGUCACGACCUGGCUGCUCCACAGGGAAUGAUUGAUCCCCACACAGUUUCCAGCCAGGAGAGUCUGGACUUGUCCCUGUGCAGUACAGGAAGCUUAGGCAGUCUUGGUAGUCUCGGGGAACCCAUGGACAGUGCAGACUCGGCUUCUAUCUCCGAUGUUGGGUCAAUGUACACAGUCACAUCACUGGACAACAAUCCACUUGUGUCACGGUCCAUCAAAGGCUAUGCCAUUGUUGAGGUAAGAGCCAGGGCAAAGAUUGAAAAAAUCCGUGCCAGUCUCUUCAAUAGCAGUGACUUAAUUGGACUGUCCAGCCUGGAGGGAGAGGAUGAACUGAUCGAAAUAUCGACAGAGAUCUUAACUGUGUCCACUGUAAAUCAGAGCUUGUUUGACACUCAGGGUAGUUCAGCACUGGAAGAUUAUUUCACUGAGAAACUAAUCAAAGGUGAUAAGGUGGUUCCUGGAGUACGAGAUGUUCUUGCAGAGAUAUUCCGAAGCUGUAUACAUUCAGAGCAGAUGCUGAGCCUUGCUCCAGCCAAACCCAUCAAAGUUUCUGACAUUUUCCUCAGUAAAGAACAGAUCAACUCUCAGACACCAGGAAACCUGUUGCAAAUAUUUUUCACCAAUGUCCGGCCACCAAAGAAAGUUCUGGAGGAUCAACUCACACAGAUACUGCGGAAGUAUGGCAUACCCAAGCCAAAAUUUGACAAGAGCAAGUACAGUAAAGCAGGAAAGGAGCAGCACCCUGGGAAAGUAGUCAGCACAAAAAGACCAAUUGGCAAGCCACCAGGCAAAGACAGGUCCGUGCUGAACAGCGUCAGAACUGCACUGAGUGAGAAGAAACCGAUUGUGAAAGCAAAGUCACCUGAAAAGAGCAGCAAACCUGAGGACAAGGACCCUGAGAAGUCACCAGCAAAGAAACAAGAAGCACCAGAGGAAAAGUAUUUAACUUUAGAUGGUUUCCAGAAAUUUGUUGUUGAUAGGUCAAAGCAAGACAUCCGAAGCGUGUGGCGGGCAAUUCUUUCCUGUGGAUAUGACCUUCACUUUGACAGGUGUGCCUGCAUUGACACCAGACAUGCCCAGAGAUCCUGCAAAAAAUGGACUCUAGAGAUGGACGUUGCACUUGUACAAUAUGUCAACCGUCUCUGUCGCCAUCUUGCCAUCACCCCAAGCCGACUUCAUCCUCAUGAAGUUUAUCUGGACCCGGCAGAUAUGCCUGACCCAAGGAUUGCAUGCUUACUAAAUGUUCCAAUUGAAAGUCUUCGGCUUCGUUUUGCUUUGCUUCAGUCCUUGAACAACACUUUGGAGACGUUCUUCCUCCCACUGGUGGAGCUCAGACAGACACCUACAUAUAUGGACAGCAUUGCAGCACUGCUACAGGAAUCUAAAGGCCUGGUCUUUUACGAUACUAAAGUAGCUGUGAUGAACAGGGUUUUAAAUGCAACAGUACAACGAACCGCAGACCAUGCUGCACCCGAAAUAACACUGGAUCCACUGGAAAUAGUGGGAGGUGAAAUUCGUUCAUCAGAGAACACUUACUUCUGUCAGGCAGCUCGACAACUGGCAUUAGUUCCUUCCUCCCAACUCUGUGUCAAGCUGGCAAGUGGUGGGGACCCAACCUAUGCCUUUAAUAUUCGCUUCACUGGUGAAGAAGUACAUGGAACAAGUGGAUCAUUCCGUCACUUUCUGUGGCAAGUAUGUAAAGAGUUACAGAGUUCAGCACUUUCACUUCUUGUGCCUUGUCCAAGUUCCGCCGCCAACAGAAAUAAGGGCAAGCAUAUUCUGACCCCUGGCCCAAUAACUUAUACAGAAGAACAGCUACUUCAUUUCUUUGGGCAGCUACUUGGAAUUGCUAUCCGAGCAGAUGUCCCACUCCCUCUUGAUCUUCUCCCAACAUUUUGGAAAACUCUGGUUGGUGAGCCACUGGACCCUGAGUGGGAUCUGCAAGAGGUGGACAUUUUGACAUACAACUACAUCAAGAAAUUUGAGACCGUUAAUGAUGAGACAGAACUUGAGGCAUUGUGUGCUGAAGUAACAUCACACCACUUGACUACAGAGAGUCCCGACUCUCCCAACAAGCCAAGCUGUAAGUUCAGCUACAUUACCAUGACAGGCGAGGAAGUGGAACUGUGUCCUGGAGGCAGUGAUAUCACCGUUGUCUGGGAAAAUAAAGAUGCCUAUGCUGCUGCGAUUCGAAAUCUGAGAAUGCAGGAAAUUGAAAACACUCACUGCAUGACUGCAGUGCGGGCUGGGCUGGGCUCCAUCAUUCCCUUACAGCUGCUGACAUUGCCAACACCCCUAGAGAUGGAGCUGAGGACAUGUGGUCUGCCCUACAUCAACCUGGAGUUUCUGAAGGCUCACACCAUGUACCAAGUGGGUCUGAUGGAGACUGACCAGCAUAUUGAGUUCUUCUGGACAGCACUGGAAAUGUUCACACAAGAGGAACUCUGCAAGUUCAUCAAGUUCGCUUGUAAUCAAGAACGAAUACCUUUCACUUGUCCAUGCAAAGAUGGAGGUCCAGAUACUGCCCAUGUUCCACCAUAUCCUAUGAAGAUUGCCCCUCCUGAUGGAGCUGCAGGUUCACCAGAUUCCCGACACAUCAGGGUGGAAACUUGUAUGUUCAUGAUCAAACUUCCUCAGUAUUCCUCGCUCGAUAUAAUGCUGGAAAAACUCCGUUAUGCCAUCCACUACCGUGAAGACCCUCUCAGCGGCUGAGCAGGUUGCACCCAGAGUUUCCACAUCCUUUCACAACACAUGGUGAUGCCCGAGAACCUCCUUAACCCUGCUUUUAAGAAAGAAAUAAAGGAAUUGGGGUGGAAGUACAGAUGGAGUCUGAGCCAUAGUCCGGAGCAGUUCAUCCUGAACAUGCCUCGAGCAAAAUGCUUCCACUCUGGUGCAAACUUUCUUUUUGUAAAUUUCCAUUUCUAUUGAUGGACUAAAAAUGGUGUGUUGCUGUCUUGUUAAGCAGCUAUUCCAAGAGUGUAUGGUGCUUUCACCACAACAGCAGAGUAUGUUACUGUAACUUUAAAACACAAACACUUGUGUUCAAACAGAAUAUUAGUUGAUUGUAGAAUUACUGUUUUAUAUUUGUAAUCUUAACUUUGGAGCAGAAUUUUACCUGCUGUCACAACUGAGGGAAAAGUUACCGCUUUUGCUUGUGAAAAUUACACAGAGGACGCCAACAUUCAGGAUCAAGUUUGGCUUCUAAAAUGUCAAAUGUAUCACAUGCAACAGAACUGAAAUGCUCCAAAGUUAAUAUGUUGUGAUUGGUGUACAGGAAAGCUUACCUCUACCUACCCGCUAAGAAACUUUUAGUUGUAGGUGGAUAUGUAUGAAUCAUGUGACCUUGGCUGCCUCCCCUUUUCUCCUUUCCCCUCCCCACCAUCCAAAACAAAAGUGUGUGUACUUUUGGUAUAUUGGAUCAGCACAUGCCAGACUUCUUCAUCGAGUCUCUCAACUGUCCUUGCCUCAUUUUGAUGGAUUCUGUCACACUGACUGCACCCUUGGCUACAAAUACUUUCAUGCUCUGUUCCCUGUUUUCAGUGGUUUUAAGGUGUUUUGAAAUAAGAGGAAGAGCCUUGGAUUAGAGCUGGACAGGGGAAUUUAUUAGUUAUUUAUUUUCUACUUAUGAACAACCUGGAAUGGAUCAAUUCAGUGGAACCUGGUGAUGAGAUUUGAAGUGCGUAGUAUUGUGGCAGUUGACCAGAAAUUUUAUUUUGUAUCAAGGGAUUAGUUGCUGAAACAGUUGGUGGUUUUAACUCACCAUUUUUGUUUAAACCUGUGUUAGACUUUCAAAUUACAUCCCCUGCUGGCUAAAUAGCUACUCUCUGGGACACUGUUGCAUUAACAAAUGACUAAGAUAUGCGUGAGUGUGGUCUAGAAUUACUUGCUUUUUUUUCCCCCCAUUGUCUGCCUUCAGCACAGUUAAAGCUGGCUUCUGUCACAGCAGAUUGAAGAAUGGAUUGUAAGCCCUAAAUCAAGUCCAAUUGCCUUGUUUGAAUUUUUAUUAAAUACACACUCCAAAGCAACAACAUGAACUCCAAUUAAUGAAAAAUGAAAUAAUCCUGCUGUGGCUUUGAUUUGAAAUUUGCUUUGAAAAUAGCCUGAGUUACAUGCACUUCACCACACAGCCGCGUACACUGGAAUUUUUGUCCUAAUUCCAUAUGACGUGGUAAGCUUCUCAAGUCUAACUUGGUGGCCAUUUUGAAAUAAUAUUUUGUACUGUUUAAUAAUUAUGCAUGGAAGUUUCAGGACUCAUUGAACAGUAGCUUGGUUAACUGUAUCCUUAGUGCCAUCUGUUUUAGGGCACAUUGACAACUGUGCUGCUUGAGGAGAUGUUGAACUGGUGUCAUGGAUUUGAUAUUAUUGCUCAUCAUUCCCAGUGCUUUUGUCCUAGCCAGUCAAUUUAAUUGUGUUUAGGAUUUGGAAGAGGGGAGUUAAGUAGAAGUGGAAAGCACAUCGUCUGGAGUGAAAAUAGCUAGCAGUCUCUGUGCAGAUUACCUUUUUUGAGAUAUUAAAAUUGAAAGAAACCAGCAUUGCAUUUCGUAAUCUGGUUGGGUGAAUUUACUGCUAUCUGACGUAGAGUGAACAGCAUUAAUACAUUUCCAUGGAGAAUCUCAUAAAAGUCAUAAAUUUAGUUCUGGAUUAGAAUUCUUUGAAUUUCUGAAUGUUUUUUGAUAUUUGAAAUGAUGACCUGUAAAGAGGAAAGGUGUUAUCAUUCAAUUUGGCAGUGUAUUGUAUGUGCAGCAGUGCAUGUGUGAUGUUUUGUAAUUACACUUCAAUUGUAUAUAUUAAAAAUAUUUAAGUUCUUUCUGCCCCAAAUUUUAUGGGUUUAAAUUCUCAGAUGCUUGAAACGGUGUUUUAAUUCUGCGGUCAUAUAGUUCAUAGAUUAUUGCUGGGUAAACUUGUGAAUUGAUCCAGUAGCCAAGAAGCCCUUGGGAUGAAUAGUUAAAUGAGGGUUAGAAGGUAGAACAUUAACCUCUUGCAGCUUUUUGUCCUUGUGGGUUCCUAGUAUGUUUAUGAAAGGGGGUGGGAGCCAUGUGUCAUGUAGAAUGUGUGGAACCUCAAAUCAAGAUCUACCCUGGCUAAUAAUCCCACUAUUCCUUGUAAUGGUCACUCAUUCUAUAUUAAAAAAUUGAGCUGUGAAAAUGGGGUUGACAAAGUAAAAGGUUUUGUUCUGAUGUAAUACUCAUCAACAUGUUAUAUUUAUCAAGAUUGCUUAUAAAACUUGAACUAAAACUACCUUUAAAGUUAUUCUGGGUUUAAUUGGGAGCACUUUUAUGGAAUUAGAGCUGAAGUCACAAAAGCUUGGGCAGUUUGUGGAAAGCCGUUUGUUACUGGCUAUCAAGGACAUGGCAAGAGAGAAGGAAUAGUCUCAAGGGCCAUGAAUGUGUAAAUGUUGCUGGAUUUAAUCCAGCUCUUUGUUGUCCAGGAUGUUUGUUUGAAAGCUCAUGGUAGGAGGCUUGAGGAAUACACACACAGCUGGAUACACAGUACAGUAUAGUGUAAUGUAAUCUAUUAUAGGGUGUAGAGUACAUCAUCAUUUGCUGUGCAAUGGUCAGAUGGCCUGUAAGUAUAUGAGUGAAGGCUCUGUUUAAUAACUGAGUGAGUGAAUGAAGGUUUUGUGUAAUUAUAGUUGUUUGGCAGACAGAGCGCAGAGAUCCACUGCAAGUGUUGGUGCUCAGUUUAUUUUUCAGUUUUCACAAAUUAUACACAUAGUACGCAUGCAAGUUCUGGAAUAAGAUUCCUGUACUGUGAAAUGUUGAGUGUGUCUACUGGACUGGUUGGUGAAUAUCACCUAUGAAACAAGAUUCAACUGAUUGGGAUAAAUAGAAUGGACAGGAACAAACUUUUGUUUACCGAUACCUUUUAUUGUACGAGUUGCACCCCUGUAAUUAACCCUUCACUUUUAAAAUAAAAAAAAUACAAUGACAUGAAUGCAUUUGAUAGGUUAGUCUUAAUCCAGUUCUUAAAUUAGAAAUUGUUUUCUGUAGUUUCAUGAAGUUCAAACAACAACAUGGCCAGCUGUUUCUUUAGACAGGUGUGCAUUAUAUUGUUGCUUGAACAAUCACUUACCCUCGUCCUUAGUUUACACUGAUACCUGUGUGGAUCUGGCUCUUUGUUCCUACCCUGUUAGAGUGAUGUGCUGGUUGUGGUGAUGUUAAUCUGCUGCUACAACUGCUCCAUUUUACUGAGAGCAUCCAGAAGUUUAAUUUUUAAAGACAUAUCAACAUACAGGUGUUAAUGUGCUCUGUACAGUCAUUGAUGUAUAUUUAUUGCAAUUAUUUAUGAAUGCAUCUUAAAAUCAUCUGUAAUGUUGAUCUUGUCUGCAGUGGUACUUAAAGCAGUGAUGUAUGAAUGGGAAUUACAUUCAUAUUAAAAAUCUGAAACAUAUUUUGUUCUGUAGUUGUCAUUGCGAGGAACAACUACCUUUAUAUAGUAAUAGAGGAAGCAUUAAGUAAUGCAUCAGUGCGCUUAAGGGAUUGGUGUAAAUAUCUGAAAUGAGACAUGGGGCUGUGUACAGGUAGUUGGAGAAUCAGGCCAAAAGGAAGUCAUAACAGGUCAGAAAGACAACAGGACUCAAGACUUCAAAGUUUGGAAUGUAUUUGAUGAUUUCUUGAAAAGUGAGAUUGAAUGAUAAAAGGAGUUUUCAUGCUCACGGCAGCACUGGGAUGGCACUUAUGCAUGGUCCAUCUUGGUAUUUAUAAUUAGUGAAAAUUUGGUCUUGCAUAUUUUAAAGUAAGCUAAUCACAAUUUCAUGAAAGCAACCCUCAUUUAUUAUACUGUAAAUCAGUACAGUUAGUUAUCUAAACAGAUUCUGUAGAUGCUGGAAAUCCAGAACACACACACAAAAUGCAGGGAGAACAACAAAGUAAACAGUUGAUGUUUCGGGCCAAGACACACCUUCAGGACUGGAAAAGAAGGGGGAAGGAGGAGGGUCAUCAGUGGGAGGUGAUAGGCAGGUGAGAAGGGCAAGAGACCAGAGUUGUGAAGAGGAGGAGGAAAAAAAAUAUCAGGAGAAGUUAAUGUUCAAGCCAUCAGACUGAAUACAGGGUGGUGCUGCUUCACCCUGAGAGUGGUUUCAUCACAGCACAACAGGAAGCCAUGGACUGGCACGUCGGCAUGGGAAUAGAAAAUAAAAUGGUUGGCCACUGGGAAAUUCCACUUCUGGCAGAUGGAACAGAAGUGCGUGCUUGACAAAGCAGUCCCCUAGUUUACAAUGGGGCUCACCAAUGUGAAGGAGGUGACCCCAACAGAUUCGUAAGUGAACUGUUGCCUCACCCAGAAGGACUCGUUGGGGUCCUGAAUGGGCAAGUGUAGCACUUUGGUCACUUGCAGGGGUAAGUGCUGGAAGGGGGAAAAUGAGCAAUUCCUCUGUGUGUGGGGUGGGGGGAGGAGAGAGCAGGUAAAGAUGUAUUUAGUGGUAGGGGCCCACUGGAGAUGGUGGAAGUUGCGGAGGAUUGUGUCGAAUGCAGAGGCUCAUGGGAUGGUAGGCGAAGACAGGAUGAAAUCUAUCCCUGGUAAGGUGCUGGGAAGAUGUGACUGCAUCCUGCAAGUGGCCAAAGUAUGACACCUGCCCAUUCACCACCUCCCUCACCUCCAUUCAGGGCCCCAAACAUAACUUCCAGCUGAGGCAACGUGUCACCUGUAAGUCUGUUGGGAUCAUCUAUUGUAUCCAGUGCUCCCAACACAGCCUCCUCUACAUUGAUGAGAUUCAUCGUAAAUUGGGGGACCACUUCAUCGAGCACCUCUGCCCCAUCCACCAAAAAUGGAAUUUCUCUGUGGCCAAGUAUUUGAAUCCCUGUUCCUGUUCAGACAUGGCCUCAUCUUGUGCCACAAUGAGGCCACUCUCAGGAGGAGGGCCAACUUGUAUUCUGACUGGAUAGGCUCCAGCCUUCUGGUUAAAAAAUCCCUCCCCUUUCCCUCUUCUUCUAUUCCCCAUUCUGGCUUCCUCCCACUUCUCAUCAAUCUAUCUCUUUCCCCCCAGUCCACCCCCCUCUCCCAUUAGAUUCCUUCCUCUCUAGUCCCUACCCCCCUGGCUUCACAUAUCACUACCUAGCCUCCUUCCCCUCCCCCACCUUUUUAUUCUGGCAUCUUCCCCCUUCCCAGUCCUGAAGAGGAGUUUCACCCUGAAAUGUUGACUAUUUCUUCAUUUCCAAAAAUGCUGUCUGACACGCUGAGUUCCUCCAACAUUGUGUUAGUUGUCUAAUUUUAAAAAGCAUAAGGUUUCACAGUUAAAAGUGCUGCUGAUAUAAUGGAAUGAGACAAUUUUUUUUUAUUUAAAAGGACUGUUUGUCAUUUAGCUCAGUCCACACAAUGUGCAGUGUAAUUGUGUACUGUUUUGCUAAUUCAGGGAACAUGAAGGUAUGUGGUUCAGAUUUUAAAGCAACAAUGGUGGUCAUGAGGGGAGAGAGGAAGGUAAAUGUUAAUGGUAAAGAUCAAAGUGCUGGUGCAAUAAAUUAGACAAAAAAUGCCAUGAGGUAAAUUCAGGACAGCCAUCAAAAUAAAAUGACUGCAAGGCAUUUCACCAACCAGGAUCAUUACCGUAUCAUUUCUCCACCCCCCACUUGGGAAUCACAGGUAUACAUAAUAACUGUUUAUUACCACCACCACCACCAUCAAACAAUAUUCAGAGUUUAAAAACCUUAAAAUCAAAGAAUUGCACUUCAAUUAGUAUAAAUUUAAACAAUGAUUUACAUGAUGGAAUAGAUGGCUUUUGCUGUCAAGUUUGCAGGUGAUACGAAGAUUGGUGGAGGAGCAGGUAGUGUUGUGGAAACAAGGCCGCUGCAGAAGGUCUUAGACGAUUAGAACGGACAAGAAAGUGGCAAAUGAAAUUAAUGCACUUUGGUAUAAGCAAUAAAUGUGCAAACUAUUUUCUAAAUGGGAAGAAAAUCCAAAACUCUGAGAUGAAAAGAGACUUGGGAUCCUUAUGGAGAACACCCUAAAGGUUAACUUGCAGGCUGAGCCAGUGGUGAGGAAGGCAAAUGCAAUGUUAGCAUUCAUUUCAAGAGGUCUAGAAUAUAAGAGCAGGGACGUGAUGCUGAGGCUUUAUAAGGCCUCACCUUGAGUAUCAUGAAUAGUUUUGGGCUCCUUAUCCAAAUAAAGAUGUGCUGGCAUUGGAGAAGGAGCGGGUUCAGAGGUGCUUCAGAAGGAUGAUUCCAGGAAUGAAAAGAGUUAUCAUACAAGGAACAAUUCAUGGCUUUGGGCCUGUACUCGCUGGAAUUUAUAAGGGAGUGGGAUUUCAUGGAAACCUUGCUGAUGUUAAAAGGCCUAUACAAUAGAUGUGGAAAGGAAGUUUCCCGUGGUGGGGUAGUCUAGGACAAGAGGGCACAGCUUCAGGAAAGAUGGAUGUCCAUUUAAAACAGAUGCAGAGAAAUUUUUUUAGCCAGAGGGUGGUGAGUUUGUGGAGGCCAGGUCAUUGGAUGUAUUUAAGGCAGAGCUUGACAUGUUCUUGAUUGGACAGGGCUUGAUAGAUUACGGGGAGAAGGCGGUGAGUGGGGCUGAGGGGGGAGAAAAAGGAUCAACCAUGAUUGAGUGGCAGAGCGGACUUGAUGGGCCCAGUGGCCUAAUUCUGUUCCUAUGUCUUAUGGAAUUAAUUCUGAUUGAUCGGUUUGGGGUAUGUAGUACCCCAAGCUAGUAAGCCCCUCCUCAUAACACCAUCAGUUAUUCCACUCUUUAAGAAUGAAAACUAUAGGUAAGAAAUAGGGGGGGGGGGGGAGAACAUUUUUGUAUCACAUAUUGCAAACUAAUAAUGUAUAAUUACAAUAUAGAUGUAAAACCAGUGGUUGU